AUCAAGGUUAAUUUUUGUUUAAAGGUCAUUGACUUUUGCCAAUAACAACAACAGCAAUGUCUCUUGAUUCGCAUGCUUAAAAUUUGUCUGCCAGGUGGUGGUUUUCAACUAUUAUUCCCUAAUGGCAUUUCAAAUCAUAUUACUCACAAUGUGUUUGUAUUACGUACUUGUAAUAUUUUCUGAAGUUAUUUAGAAUUGAUUCUAAAAACUCUUAAUUUUAACGGAUUAUAGGCCGAAAAUAGUUUUAUGAAAAUUUUGAAUAAAACAGGAUUUAAAUGUCAACUUAGAGCGGUUUGACAAUCGCUUAAAGUAGCGAACAAAAUCAGCUGAUUAAGUAUUCAAAAACAACUUUGUAGGAUUAAGUUUAAUUUCUAAUCCUUCACCUAAAGACUGGCCCUUAAACAUUAAAUAUUAGUAAUGAAAAAGGGAUAUUGAAAUUAAAAAAAAACUGAACAAAGUACACAUUACAUAGUGAAUACCAAUUUGAUCGAGAAUUUCUCUAUCACAUUUUGUUUUGAAAACGUCUUCUUUGGCCAUAAUUGAGACGUUAUUACUAUAUGUUCAAUAUGUUUUUCGAGUUUAAGGGCAUGAUAUCUCGAAAACUUGAUUUGAUAAAGAAAUUUUGAACUUUAAUUUACUUACGAAUUAAUAUUGAAAUGUGUUUACGAAACAACAGAUUUCAGAUUAUUCGAACAUGUAUUGUAAAAAUAGCGAUUAUAUAUAAUUAUCGAUUUUGAUUAUAAGAAGUUCGAAUAAAGAAAAAAUAAAUUAUGAUUUGAGCAGCGAAUUACUUACUGCAAUCGUAUAAAUACUCGAAUAUAUUUUCGAAUAAAGAGCUUGAAUAAUUUGGCAACUCUAUUUGCAACUUUUUAUAACAAGGUUGCAUUUUUAAAGUGCAGAAAAUUGUGACACCAUGUCUAGAUUAUACAAAUGUGUAUUUCUCACUGUAUUAAAAAAUAACGACAACUUACAGAUUAUUUUACUGAAACUAUGCUAAAUUUUAUAAAAGAAGGUAAAAUGGAAUACAAUUAUUUUAAAUAAAUCCUAAUUUUACUAAAACUCUUUUUAAAACAUUAAUUUUAAUUGCACAAAAAUGAUGUUUGUUAUCAAGACAAAGUUGUUUAAACAAUUGUUUUCACAACUUUGUCAUAACGAUUUUAUAACGCUUUUAAACGCCAUCUUUUUUUUAUCAUGAUAACAAUUUGACGUUUAGCAUAACAUAAAAUUUAUCUAAUCUAGACAAGAGGUAACUAUGACAUAAAUAUGUUAUAAUAGUUAGGUCUUUAUAGUUUAAUCAAAAGUCUACUUUAGGUUUGCAUUUAUUUGAAAAUAGUCUAUUGGACUUUAUAAUAUAUUAAAAACUUAAUUUUUAAUGUUUUAUUAGAGGGGUCAAAAUAUUCGAUUUUUUUAAACAAAUUAAAAUUAAAACAAAAAGUCGUCAUUUAGACUUUUUACAAUUUAUAUAUAAAACUCGACUUUUUGUUUAUGCCAACAUUUUCCGAACUUUGCUCGACAUUUUCCGACUUACGGGGUUAUUAUGUAAAUCCCUUCCCCUCACUCCAUUUCAUUUUACAUAUAAAUUGUUUUUAUAUUUUCAAAUAUUUGUGUGCAAAUAAUAGGGUUAAUGAUGACUUUUAAACCACUUUCUUAUAAUAUAGUUGGGUCAUCGUUCUGUUUUUACCAAAAUGUUAUGUAUUAAAAAAAUAUAUAUACAAAGAAAUUUUAAACAAUAUGCGUCAAUCUAAUUUUACAUCUUUGCAUAUUUUACUACGAAAGGCAACCUAAAAUUAUAUUUUACCUAUGUGGCAAUAUUGUUUAUUUUAUCAACUCUGCUGUUAAUGCUACCUGAUGUUUAAACAAACAGGCUUUGAUAUGGUAACACCUAACAAAAAUGGUUUAGUUGUCACAAAUUAAGUUAUUUAUAAAAAUAAAGGUUUUGCCACAAAAUCUGUUUCAAUUAACUAAAACAAAGUAAAUAUAAACCUUAACUAUUACGCUGCCGUAAAGCAAUAAGAAGCUUUAAUACUAAUAAAACAAAAUUUAUUUUUAAAUAAACACAAGUAUUUUUGUCUUUUUUUCAGAAGGAACUGAUUUUUUUACUCAGAAGACAAAAUGAAAAAAGUUGCACGUAUGCGUUUAUCACCCAACAACAUGAGUGAAGAAGUAAGCAAUAAUCACAAUACUGGGGCACAAUCUCAAAGUUCAAAUAAUGAACCCUUAGUACGUACGACAGGUCGUAUUAAGAAACCCAAAGCAGUAUUUGAUCCCUCAGACAACUAUUUACCACGCGCUCAACGUUCACUGAAUGCGAUGGCCGCAGGAGCUUUGCAUCAUAAUACGAACUCUUCACUGGAAAGACGUGCCAGUUAUACAAAGGCCUCUACUAUAUCGCCGGUAGCAGACUAUAUUGAAGCUAAAGCAAAAGAUGCUUGCACUGUUUGCAAGAAAAAGGAAUCGAAGCGUCCUGUAUUUGCCAAUAAAAAUCCCCUAAUAACUUGUCAGGAGUGUCAGCGUAAAAUACAUAAACAGUGUUUAAAGGUUGAUUUUGAAGAUUUUGAAAGCAUUCAACGUAACUACAAGUGUGAUCUUUGCUCUAACUGCAGAAUAUGUAAUGAUAAAUUCACUAAUCCCGAAGAGGAAAUGAUCACUUGCUCGAAAUGUACAAAAUCUUUUCAUUUGGUUUGCUUCCCCUCCAAGAUUAUAAAAACAGAUAAUCAGCGCAAUUGGAAGUGUAACAAGUGUCAGGUCUACAAUCACAUUACUAAUGGCACCACUCUACCGGUUAAGAAAAUACGUGAAAUUAUCGGGGGUGGAGAACCAAUGGUGCAAACUACUCCUGUUAAAUCGGCCAACGCUGAAAAUGAGAAAACUCCUGCGGCCGAAUCAGCCAAUAACGAUGCAAAACAAAGUGCUACUUCUCCUUCAUCGCAAAAAAGAUUGAAUGAUUCAAAAGAAGUAGCUGAAGCAGUUGAGUCGAGCCCUCCACCUGAAAAACGUGCCAAGGUUACGACUCAAUCUCCCGAUACCAUAAGUGUGGAAACCACUUCACUAAAUAUGCCUUUAAAAACAGAUUCUACGGUGCUUUGUUAUACGCCCAAUGAAAAUUUCGAUGAUAUUCCCGAUGUGAAGGAAUGGUCGGUCGAUCAGGUGUAUGAAUAUUUUUUCAAACACUUUCCCAAUGAAGCUCAUGUCUUUAAGGACGAAGAAAUUGAUGGCCGCUCUUUGCUUUUGCUGAAACGCAGCGAUGUUGUUAAAAAACUCCCCAUCAAGUUGGGACCAUCUUUACGUAUUUAUAGUCUUAUUUUAAAGAUACAGGCUCAAUUAAAUGAUCCUACCCUGGGUUGGAAUUGUGGUUUAUAAA